CGCGCGUCUUACGACGCCAUUUUAUCCGCACCACAUGACCUCCUUGUCGUGUCCCCGUGACCAGCUCACGUGAAUUUUGACAAAUUCAAACGGCUUUUUUUUGGUGGCAAAAAAGUGAAAUGGACAUACUGGAGCAGCAUCUCGAGCAGCACGAUGUGAGUGCCGUCCGCGUCAAGAACGACGACGGAACUGGAAUCGUCAUCGAGGAAGCCGAGAUCGUCGACUGCGAUGCUGAUGAUCCACUCAGUGAAGUCUAUUGCGCGGCUCCAGGAGACGGAGCCGAUGACGACGGCCUCCGUUACCAAGAAGCUUUGGCCUACCGUGUUGUUCAAGUGAACGAAGCCGAUGACAACGAACUGGAUCUUCCGACGAAUCAGCAAAGCAAUAACGCCGUCCAGGUUCUCACCUCGCCGAUAAAUGGACAAUUUUAUGUUAUCGGAAACGCCAACGACGUUUUUACAACCGCUCAAACAUCCAGAUCCAUGUCACCUAGAUCGGGAACUAUUCAGAUCGAAACUCCUCGUUCUACUGGACCAGGAGUCAAAAAACGCGACGAUCGACGGAGAGCGACCCACAACGAAGUAGAACGAAGGCGAAGAGAUAAAAUCAACAAUUGGAUAGCAAAGUUAGGAAAAAUAAUUCCCGAAUGUAACAACAGUGUACCAAACAGCAACGGAAAUGGGAGCAGUGGGGGCGAGGGAAAAACGAACUACGAGACCCAGAGCAAGGGAGGAAUAUUGGCAAAAGCUUGCGAAUACAUAAGCGAGCUGAGAACAGCGAAUCAAGGAAUGGGACAAUGUUUGCGAGAGAAUGAAAAGCUGAGACACGAAGUGGCAACGUUGAAGCAAAUGAUAGCUCAAUUGAAGAGGGAAAACAAUCAGUUGAGAAACGGAGGCGUUAACAACGUUGUGCAAAUAUCGGAAAUUGGUCGUUUAAAGAGCUGAAAUAAUUGAUUCGAAUUUCGUCUUUGUCAUUGAGGCGAAGUCUCGAGUUUAGUAGGAUAUUUCUAUCCGAUCUCUCUCUCUCCUAUAUUUCUAUCUUUCUCUGAGCUCGGGAAGACCCUGAGUUAGAAAUGAUCGUGUAAAAAGUAUAAAUAAUGUAUAUAAAUUCUGCAUUCUUCAUAGAAAAUAUUAAAAAUUGUUUAGUUUGCAACUUUUCGAGUUUGAGCGCGUUAAAUCGUCGAAAUUUCGCGUGCUUUAUUAUAUCGUUGAUGUAUAUACCACGGGAUUAUUGUUAUAUUAAUAAUAAAAUGAAAAAUACGAGUUUCGACGUCGUAGCACUUAGCAAACA